AUGUCCCAGCAGCUCCCAGUGGUCCCCACCAGUCACGGCCUCUCCCAGGUGGCUGCCGGGGAGCAGGAAGAGGAAGGGAAGGAGGAGGAGGAGGAGCAGGGUCGGCGGGGUCUCAGCUUCAAGUGCCUCCGUUCUCUAAGACACAAGCUCAGGGAGAGCAACUGGAGGAGGCAGCAGGACCCAGGGCUCGAGCCCAGCAGCAAGGCUGGUGGGGAAGACUCACAUGAUAAAGACCAAGCCCUUCUCCCCAUGCAGGAACCAGAGGAGAAGAAAAUUGCUCUGGAGCUGCUGGAGACAGAGCAGGCUUAUGUCAACCGCCUCCACCUUCUCGACCAGAUAUUUUAUAUAGAGUUGAUGAAAGAAGCCCAAAAUGGGAAGACAGUCCCAGAGGAGGUGGUGAAAAUGAUCUUCUCCAACAUCUCCUCCAUCUACCAGUUCCACUCCAGGUUCUUCCUGCCAGAGCUGCAGAAGCGCAUGGAGGAUUGGAGCUGCAACCCCAGGAUUGGGGAUGUGAUCCAGAAGCUCGCGCCGUUCCUCAAGAUGUACGGGGAAUAUGUGAGGAACUUUGACAAGGCCAUGGAGCUCAUCACUGUCUGGUCAGAGAAAUCCCCACCCUUCCAGGAGCUCAUUGCUGACAUCCAGAAGAGGAAGGUCUGCUCCAACCUAACGCUGCAGCACCACAUGCUGGAACCUGUGCAGAGGAUCCCACGCUACGAGCUCCUCCUGAAGGAUUAUGUCCAAAAACUCCCACCCCAGUCCCCAGACAGGGACGAUGCAGAGAAGGCCCUGGAGAUGAUUUUCAUGGUGGCCAAGCACUCCAACGCAGCUAUCGCCGAGAUGGAGCGGCUGCAGAACCUCUGGGUGGUCUAUCAGCGCUUGGGCCUCGAGGAUGACAUCGUGGACCCCUCCAACGAGCUGAUCAAGGAGGGACCAAUCCAAAAGAUCUCCACCCGCAGCAACAGCACGUCGGAGAAGUACCUGUUCCUGUUCAACAACAUGCUGCUCUACUGCGUGCCCAGGGUCAUCCAGGUGGGCUCCGAGUUCCAGGUUCACCUCCGCAUCGACGUGGAGGGCAUGAAGGUGCGGGAGCUGAAGGACACUCAGUUCCCUCACACCUUCCUGGUCUCGGGAAAGCAGCGGACGCUGGAGCUCCAGGCCAGGUCUGAGGAGGAGAUGAACGCCUGGAUCAAGGCCUUCCAAGAUGCCAUUGACAGGAAGGAGAAGAGGAGUGAGACCUUUAAGGCAGCAGUACCUGGGCUGGAGACAGACACCCCUGCACUGAAGAUGGAGGAGCUGGGCCGCCGAGCCCCGCAGUGGGUGCGGGACAACCUGGUGUCCAUGUGCAUGCGCUGCGGGGAGCCCUUCACCCCCCUGGCGCGCCGGAGGCACCACUGCCGAGCCUGUGGAUAUGUGGUGUGUGCCCGCUGCUCCGACUACAAGGCCGAGCUGCAGUACGACGGGAACCGCCCGAGCCGCGUGUGCCAGGAGUGCUACAUCUUCCUGACCGGGCACACGGUGCUGGAGGAGAGGGAAGGGAAGCACAAAGGGGUCCUGGAGAAGGGAGCUGCAGAGGUAUCCGGCAGGAGCUUGCUGUGCAGUUCCCUGCAGCUGCUGGACAAGAACGGCAAGGGGGGCACACGGGGCUGGUUUGUGAUCCCCCAGGAUGAUCCCCUGGUGCUCUACAUCUACGCAGCCCCCCAGGACGUCCGAGCCCACACCUCCAUCCCCCUGCUGGGCUACCAGGUGAGGGACCUGUCCCAGGGUGACUCCCGCCACCAAUUCCAGCUGGCUCAGUCCGGGCAGGUCCACACCUUCGUGGCUGACACGGAGGAGCUGAAGAGGCGCUGGAUGAGCAUCAUGACCCGCUGCGCUGCCGGGACCCCGCGGGAGGGAGGGGAUGGGGACUCCUGCCAGCAGGCAGAGUGA